GAGAAGCCGGUAGCGAAGCUUCGUGUCACCUUUUACACCGAGCAGUGCUUCCGAAAACGUGGAGCGAAAGCGCACUUAUCCCUUUUCCACUAGCAGCCGGACGAGUCACAUCGGCACUGAGGGAUCAUCAUGGAUGACACAGAGCAGUACCAGGCAGCAGGGUCUGGUGCCUCCCAGACGUACCCUGUGCAGUGCUCUUCCCUUCGCAAGAACGGAUUUGUCAUGCUCAAGGGCAGGCCAUGCCGUAUCGUUGAGAUGACCACAUCCAAGACUGGCAAGCAUGGUCACGCCAAGGUUCAUUUAGUUGGCCUGGACAUCUUCACCGCAAAGAAACAUGAGGAUCUGUGCCCCUCAACUCACAACAUUGAUGUGCCGAAUGUCAACCGCUGCGACUUUCAGUUGAUUGACAUAAGUGAUGAUGGCUAUGUCACACUAAUGAACGACAAAGGCGACACCCGCGAUGACCUCAAGCUUCCAGAUGGGGAACUGGGCCAAAGGAUCCGUGAAGAAUUUCACAAGGAAGACAACAGUGUCAUUGUGACUGUAAUGUGUGCCGUUGGCAUGGAAUGUAUCAUUGCGUGCAAGAAUGCCAACUAAGCAAGACCAGAGGGAAGACACACCCGGCCAAUGAAAUGCAGCCGCUGCCACUCAAAAAAAGGAAAACAAAUGGGGGGAAAGGAAGAGGAUGUCACGGCCGUACAAAUGUCCGACACACAAGGGGAUGCAGUGGUUUCUCAACUACCCAAGGAAAUCCAAAGUCAGGGAUGGAUGACAGGAUGGAGCUGCGGCUGGUGGAAAUCUAUGAUCACACUAGUGUGCUUGUUUUUGCUGACUAUGUCUGACUUUCCCUUUUUGUUUCAGUGCUAGAAAUGUUUUUCUUGUUUUUCAAAAUUUCUCAGAAGACUGGUAUUUUUCUGAAUGACGUGUUCAUGGUGUCGCGUGUAACCACAACCUCAUCUUGCUCGAUGGUGAGGAAAUGUGAGAGUGCCUGUUAGCUUCGUCACUUUUUCUUUUAUUAAGCUCUGGGUUUUUUUUACAUCUGCACAUCUCUGUAAUGCUUUACUUUUCAUUGUGGGCUGGGCUAGCAAGGGUGUGGGUUUCAUUGUGCUCUGGGAUUCUUUGUACAUGAAGUUUUUGGGCCCUAGGACAACAAAUUAAGAAUGUAUACAUAGCUGGUGUUAAACCCCCCUUCUCCCCUCCCCCUUUUUUUUUAAGCUUCUGAAGUUCAGGUAUUUUCAGUGCAGCAAGCUCUUUUGUGUCAUGGUUUUCCUUUUGUUAAGUUGGAUGUUUUAAUUUGGAAUUAAAUUUUUUUUAUCAACGUACCUUUUUUUUUUCUAUGGUGUUUCUCUCAGGGAUGGGAACACUUAAAUUGGGUGUAAUUUGGGUUCUUUUUUCCCAUCGUUGGGAGUCCUGCUUCCCCAGUUUUUCUCCCAAUUGCUUUUUUUUUAAAGUGUUGACUAAACAUGAGUUGUGGUGUCAAGUGGCUCGAUGAGUCUCUUGGCGUAAUAAAUUUGUAUUCCACUAUUUCA